UUUAUUGUGUGAUAUUUUUUUCAGGAUCCUACAACAGAUCUGCCAUGAUUGUACCUUUAUCUGUAUCACACUCAUGGUCUUUUGUAUAUGGUGAACAGGGAUGUGCCAAGAAUCAAUGGCGUCAAAAUCUAUUCAAGAUUUUUCAAGAAUGGACACGGAUUGCUAGCAAAAAAGAUAUUGAGUACGUGUUAACAUGUGGGACAUUGCUAGGGGCUUUAAGGACUGCUGAUGUGAUUCCUUAUGACUCUGACAUGGACAUUCUUGUGAAUAUAAAGUACUAUCAACAGCUCAAGAAGUUAUCAGCUGAAAGAAAUUUUGACCCUCAAGAUGGAAAAAUACGUUUAGUGAUGCAACCCCAGUUUGAACUAAACGUGUCAACUCAAUCUCGCAAAAGAUAUACCUGUUCAGGAAAGCUUACUCCUACAAUGGUUGAUGUGUGUUCAUUUCAAGAUCCUAUGGCUCGUCUUAUAAGAAAAUAUCUUCAUGUUGACCUUUAUCCAUUUUAUGAAAAAGGAGAUCAUCUAUUGGAUACUACUGAUGGGGAUGUCCGUGUUUACAACAAGAAGGAUAUGUACCCUUUGAGGCCUUGCACAAUGAUGGGCUUUGAUAGUUUCUGUCCUCAAAAUCCAUGGAACAUACUUCAUGCUUAUUACAGAACAAAGAAUUUUAAUGCAACUUACAAAUGUAAUGGAAAGGCUUGGGUAGAUAAGAAUGGUCGACAUGCAUAAAACCUGUAUCUCCCUUUUACUUUAUUUACAUUAGAAAUAGAAUUUGUUUUUAUCAAAAUAGAAAGAUAUAAAUAAUAAGGGAGAUAAAUAAUAAGGGAGAGACUCUGCGCUAUUAGGGAAUAUUGAUAUUUAUCAUAUAAUUAUCUAUGAAAUACCUAUAUUUCUCCAUUUCGUAAAAUUGAUAUUUUCACUAGUGAAAAUAACA